GCGCGAAGGGGCCUGUCUUUCUUCCUCAUCAAGACGGUGCUGCAUGCACUGAUCGCCCGGCUUUUGUUUCAGGAGCUGUAGACGCAUUGAAGUUUCCCUCCAGUCACCUUUCAAAAUGCAACGCGUUUGGGUGAUAGGCCUGCUAUGCGCGGUGUUGGCAUUUGCGGCCGUGAAAGCAGAGGAUGAGCUGGACAUCGAUGGGGCCGUCGAUGAGGACCUAGGGAAAAGUCGAGAUGGUUCCAAAACGGAUGAUGAAGUCGUUCAGAGGGAGGAAGAAGCCAUCCAGUUGGACGGCUUGAACGCUGCACAGAUCAAGGAAAUCCGGGAGAAAUCGGAGAAGCACGUCUUCCAGGCCGAGGUCAACCGGAUGAUGAAGCUCAUCAUCAACUCCCUGUACAAGAACAAGGAGAUCUUCCUCAGAGAGCUGAUCUCCAACGCCUCGGACGCGCUGGACAAGAUCCGCCUGAUGUCUCUGACCAGCGACGAGGCCAUGGCUACCAACGAGGAGCUCACCAUUAAGAUCAAGUCGGACAAGGAGAGGAACAUGCUCCACAUCACUGACACCGGCAUCGGCAUGACGAAGGACGACCUGGUGAAGAACCUGGGCACCAUCGCCAAGUCGGGCACCAGCGAGUUCCUCAACCAGAUGAACGAGGCGCAGGUGGCGGACCAGUCCACCAACGAGCUGAUUGGCCAGUUCGGCGUGGGCUUCUACUCCGCCUUCCUGGUGGCCGACAAGGUCAUCGUGACGACCAAGCACAACAACGGCACCCAGCACAUCUGGGAGUCCGACUCCAACGAGUUCUCGGUCAUCGAGGACCCCCGCGGAGACACCCUGGGGAGGGGUUCCACCGUCACACUGGUCCUAAAGGAGGAGGCUUCAGACUACCUGGAGCUGGAGACCAUCAAGAACCUCGUGAAGAAGUACUCCCAGUUCAUCAACUUCCCCAUCUACGUGUGGGCCAGCAAGACUGAAACCACGGAGGAGCCGAUCGAGGAAGACGCAGAGGAGGCCGAGAAGGACGCCAGCGAGGAUGAGGUGGAGGUGGAGGAAGAGGAGGAGGACAAGGAGAAGCCCAAGACCAAGAAGGUGGAGAAGACCGUGUGGGACUGGGAGCUGAUGAACGACAUCAAGCCCAUCUGGCAGAGGCAAGCCAAGGAGGUGGAGGAGGAGGAGUACAAGGCCUUCUACAAGACCUUCUCCAAGGACACAGACGAGCCCCUGUCCCACAUCCACUUCACUGCCGAGGGCGAGGUCACCUUCAAGUCCAUCCUCUUUGUUCCCGCCUCCGCCCCCCGGGGGAUGUUCGACGAGUACGGCUCCAAGAAGAACGACUACAUCAAGCUGUUUGUCAGAAGGGUCUUCAUCACAGAUGACUUCAAUGACAUGAUGCCCAAAUACCUCAACUUUGUCAAGGGAGUGGUGGACUCUGAUGACCUCCCCCUCAAUGUGUCCAGAGAGACCCUGCAGCAGCACAAACUCCUUAAGGUCAUCCGCAAGAAGCUGGUGCGCAAGACCCUGGACAUGAUCAAGAAGAUCGCCGAGGAGCACUACAACGACAAGUUCUGGAAGGAGUUCGGCACCAACAUCAAGCUGGGCGUGAUCGAGGACCACUCCAACCGCACCCGGCUGGCCAAGCUGCUGCGCUUCUUCACCUCCCACAGCGACACUGAGGUGUCCAGCCUGGAGCAAUACGUGGAGCGCAUGAAGGAGAAGCAGGACAAGAUCUACUUCAUGGCCGGCACCAACCGGAAGGAGUCUGAGUCCUCCCCCUUCGUCGAGAGGCUGCUGAAGAAGGGGUACGAGGUGGUGUACCUGACGGAGCCCGUGGACGAGUACUGCAUCCAGGCGCUGCCCGAGUUCGACGGCAAGCGCUUCCAGAACGUGGCCAAGGAGGGCAUCAAGUUCGACGAGAGCGAGAAGGCCAAGGGCAAGAGGGAGGAGCUGGAGAAGGACUUUGAGCCCCUCACCACCUGGCUGAAGGAGAAGUCCCUGAAGGACAAGAUUGAGAAGGCCAUCAUUUCCCAGAGGCUGACCAGCUCUCCCUGCGCGUUGGUCGCCAGCCAAUACGGCUGGUCCGGAAACAUGGAGAGGAUCAUGAAGGCACAGGCUUACCAGACAGGAAAAGACAUUUCCACCAACUACUAUGCGAGUCAGAAGAAAACCCUGGAGAUCAAUCCCAAGCACCCUCUGAUCAAGCAGAUGCUGAAGAAAGUCCACGAGAACGCCGACGACCAGACGGCGUCCGACCUGGCCGUGGUGCUCUUCGAGACCGCCACGCUGCGCUCCGGCUACCAGCUGGCCGACACCAAGGCCUACGGAGACCGCAUCGAGCGCAUGCUGAGGCUCAGCAUGAACGUGGACCUCGAUGAACAGAUUGAAGAAGAGCCAGAGGAAGAGCCCGAGGAGGCUGUAGAGGAGGAGGCAGAGGAAGAGGAGGACGAAAUCGCAGACGACGAUGACGAUUCGUUAAUUAGGGCCGUCCAUUGUACUUUUAGAGGAGAUCGGACCACAUUCUGUCAUUUUUGCAGCAAACCGGCAUUUUGUCUCAUCCAUAGCUUGACAACAGGAAUGAGUAUAGAAAUCCCUGAAGGACUGACGGAGCUGUUACAGGGCUUUACCGUGGAAGUGUUGAGGAAUCAACCCAGGGAUUUGCUUGAGUUUGCCUUACAAUAUUUCACCCAACUGAAGGACAGCGAGACCAGAGGGGCCUCAUUUGGCAAUGACCAAAAUUCGGCCACAAGACCUGGCAAAGCGGUCAAUUUCAUUGACGAAGCGAUGCAGAUCGAUUCUGAAAACGGCGAAGAGGAUGAGGAUGACGAAGAAUUCAUAGCUCCGGUGAUUAACAGAUUCGUCAGGAGAGCUUCAGUGUGUGCUGAAGCAUUCAACCCUGAUGAUGAAGAGGAAGAGAAGGAGCCAAGGGUCACCCAUCCAAAAACAGACGAACAGAGACGGAGACUACAGGAGGCGUGCAGGAACAUUCUCCUGUUCAAGAACCUGGAGCCGGAAGAGAUCUCGCAGGUGUUGGAUGCCAUGUUUGAAAAGUUUGCCGUCAACGGAGAGCACAUCAUAGAUCAAUUUGACGACGGUGACAACUUCUACGUCAUUGAAAGUGGGACAUUUGACAUCUUCAUGGGGGUCGAGGGCGUUGGUAAGCUGGUGGGUUGCUACGACAACCAAGGAAGCUUUGGGGAGUUGGCCUUGAUGUACAACACCCCCAGGGCGGCCACGAUAGUCGCAACUUCGCCCGGAGCCCUUUGGUGCCUGGAUCGUCUGACGUUCAGAAGGAUCAUCGUUAAUAAUAAAGCAAAAAAGAGAAGGCUCUACGAGGCAUUCAUCGAAACAUUACCGCUACUUACAUCACUAGAGCUCUCAGAGAGAAUGAAGGUGGUGGAUGUGUUGUCCACCAAGGCCUACAUCGACGGAGAGCAGAUCAUCGCACAGGGUGAUCUAGCGGACUGCUUCUACAUUGUUGAAUCCGGCCAAGUCAGAAUUACCAUGAAGAGAAGUAGGACGAAAAAGGAGGAAGGAGAAGAGGAACUUGACAUUGCCACGUGUUCGAGAGGCCAGUACUUCGGGGAGCUGGCACUUGUCACCAAUAAGCCCAGAGCAGCCUCAGCCUAUGCCGUUGGAAGCGUCAAAUGCUUGGCGAUGGACGUGCAGGCCUUCGAGAGGCUGCUGGGCCCAUGCAUGGACAUCAUGAAGAGAAACAUUGCAAACUACGAGGAGCAGCUGGCCACUCUGUUUGAUUGCAGCGUUGACAUUGAAGAACAAAAUGCAUAAGUCCACCCCAUCGCCCCCCUACCCCGGUCACCUGUGACCACUUUAAAGGCCCUGUGAGGAGUUUACCGAUAUCUGCCAACCCAUUUUUGUGUUGAUAUUUUUAACAGUGCAAAUUACACCGUCAGUGUUAAAAGUUAACGAUUCUAAAUGUUUUGCCACAGGGUUGGAGUCAACAGACGAUUUACAGCAGAGCAGAAAAUAAAAAUAAAUAAAUGCAUACUCUGAUACAUUGGCUCAUCUUGCUUGCAGUUGUUACUUUGGUCUGCAAAACUAAUGCAGGAAGUAGCUCCCGGCAAAACGAAGUGAUGGAGACCGUUGAGAUGCAGUCUUAAUGCUAUUUGUUGUUUGUUUUUUUUCAGACCCUCGUAGGAGCUUUAAAGCUAAUUCCUAAGGAGACAUGUAAAGACCCCACUUGAUCAACAUUUGUGUUUUAGAUUGCUAAUUUACACAUCAAGUUUUGCUUAAAUAUCCCAUAUAAGACAACGUGUGCUAUAAAGGAGUUUGUAAUGAAUUGUUCAAAGCAAAGAAUAUUGCCAACGCUUUUUAUUUUUUUUGCUCUAUGCUUGUAUUAGAUUACAUUUAAUACAAGUCUCACGUAGAAUGGGUAGGAUUUUAAGUGUGUGUUUUAUUUGUAAAAUGUUAGUUAAAAUACUUGUUUCAUGAUAGGACUUGUACAUCGCAAUGCACAUUGCACUGACCGCCUCGAUUUUGGAAGCGUAGGAACAUUGGAAUGUAUUAUAUUGGUAGUAAUGUUUCUUUGCUCAUUGUUUAGAAUUUAAUUGUGAAAUUAUUAUUUUUUUAAUAUGGGGAUACUUUUGUUGUGCUUAAAACUGCAACCUUGUUUCUCCUGUGAGAUGUGUGGCAAAACAAAGUUGCCAUUAGCCUAGGUUACAGUAUAUCCCCGUUGAUGUAGGAUUUUAAAGUACAACAACUCUCUUGAGUCCUCUCAAUAUGCAUUCUGGUGUACAAGCCCUCUAGGGCAAUUCAUAUUAUCUCCCAAUGAUCAAUUUCACCUGUCCAGAGUGUUAUAACUCAGCAUAAGUAUUAUACACUCGUUGUUAUAUUUAUGACUAUUAUUUGUGAACUUCACAUGCCAAAGGUAAUAUGUUACUGACUCAAACUGUUGAUUAACAGUUGUGUUGUGUUUUGUAAUUCUUGAACAGACUGACCCUAAAGGGAAUAUUGAAGCUUAGUUAUAUAGUUGGCAUAAGAACAGAAAUAAAAGGUUUGCUAUCAACUGAAGUAUAUAUGUCGGGGACAUAUUACAUUUGACUUGAAUAUAUUGUUUUUAUAUGCCAGUUUUCACAUUCACUUUGAACCAAAAGAGAAGAUACACAUCUCGAUGGUGCCAAUGCUCAACCCUGUUUAACAAUAUCAAUUGUCAUAAUCCAUACCAUUUUUUGGCUACCUUUUCCUAAACUGUAAAUUGUCGUUAAGUGUAUACUGGUAGCUAUUUGCUUUUGCACAAAACAAACUUCAAAGAUAGAGAUUUUGUUUUACAGUAAUACAUUGUGAACUAUGCCUUUAUUUUAAUAUAUGCUCCCACUAGUAAAUGUCUCAUCUUCUUUUUUUGGAACUAUUAUUUAUUUAAUGUUUUCUUUCUGUGUGUGCCAAUGUAAUAUUUUAGUCACGUGUCAGUGAAAAAUAAGUUGUUAUUCCAUCUAGCGACAUUAAGAUUAUUUAAUGCUGUCUACCUCUGCAAACAACUAAUAUUUUGAAAUGCAUAUUUCAAUGUUCCUCCUCAGCAGACAACUUCAGUGAUAACUCUUGCCUUCAUUGUUUUUAAGGCAAUUACAGUAUUGCCUUUUUUGCUGUUUACUGUAGCGUAACCUGUUUUUGAAAUAUUAUUCACACACGUUUAAUGUAGGCCUAUAAAUAAAAAAAAUGCUUAUCUUCCAAAUGUGCACAGUGUUUGUUAUUAUGAGUACCAUAGAAGACAAACUGAAACGUUGGCCAAUAUUAUGUUCCACUUUUCAUUCAAAUAAACAACUGUUUUAUA